AUGACGGAUGAAGCCCCGGGAGCAGGGUCCGAAGGUGCCACCGGCAUCAUCUCUUCUUCGGCCUUGGACUCUUGGACCUCUGUGACUGAUUUUCGGCGCGCUUCAGCAGCAGGCUCCGGAGACGGAAUCGAUUCUUCCACGAGCGGUGGUGGCGCAGUCGUCUCGGCCGGUUCGACCUUGUCGACGUGUGGAGCACCCGCUUCCGUAAGUUCCGGUUCUUCGUCAUCGUGCUCCUGCGUAUCGAGCGUCAAUUCCCCCCAGCCUGAACCAUCGUCAUCAUCGUCCUCGUCGUAUCCCGGUGUGGAAGUUGGGACUAGUAAAGCUGAUGACGUCGCGGGAGGUGCACUGGAGCGAACGGCAGGAGCUGAAACGGGUGCCGGUGCCGGGAUUGGGGCUGGGGUCGGGGCCGGAGCUCGAGGCAGAAUUGGAGCGGGAGCGGCAGUGGGCGUCUUGACGAGAGCUGGAGAAGACUGUGGAGCGGUUUUGGGUAGAGGGAGGGGAAGCGAGAUGGGAGUCUGCUGCUGUUGGGUAGGACUACCGCCCCCGAUCGGCGGAGAAGUCGGCACGAGGGUCGGGGAUAGGAUGCCUUGGGAUAUCCGAGGUGACGCCCGAGGGAAGAAGGGGUUCGAGGCAUGUUCAUCGUCAUCGUCGAGUAAGGACUUGGGAGUAGAUACUGUCGGCUCGGCGACGUCGAUGAGCAAAGAGUCCUGCUUGGGCAUGGGGGGCCCGCGCGGCGCUCGAAGCGAAGAAGUGGACGAUGUCGAGUGGAGGCGCAGAGGUGAGCUCCUCGUCGGUGGCGACUGCGUGAUCGGUCUGGCUGGCACAGAGGUCGAACUCGAGCUUGAAGCGUUGAAAUCGACGAGCGUGCCGUUAGUUCCGUUCGAAGAUCUCGGAGACACGGGCGUGUCAUCGUCCGUGUACGGCGUCCUGGACUGGCCAAGGGACUCGUCGGCCUCGAACACGGUGGGACUGCUCGCUCGGGUCACGGCCUGA